AUGGUCGGCGUCACUUUCAAAACCCAAGCUACCGAGACUGUGAGACUGACUGAAGAGCAGCUCCAAGCUGUGUCUCACCUCGAUCCUGAACUCGUCCGUAUCGGUCACGAAGUGGUUCAAAGACAGAAGAAAGAGAGCUUCAUCCAGGCUUGGAGAAAUCAUGGAAGAGCUGCUGGAUGGAGUGUGUUCCUGACCAGUGCUCUGUUGAUGGAAGGGUUCGAUACCGCCAUCAUCAACUCCUUCUUUGCCUUGCCUGCAUUCCUCAACUCUUUCGGAACCAAAGGCUCAAAUGGUAAACUUACUAUCCCUGCCAACUACCAGAGUGGUUUGGUCAAUAUCGCCUAUGUCGGCCAAAUCAUUGGGCUGUUCUUGAAUGGUUGGUUACAAGAAAGAUAUGGAUCAAGAAAAACCUUCAUUGGCGGUAUGAUCCUCAUGACUCUUACAAUCUUCCUGGCGUUCUUCGCGGUCAGCUUGAAUAUGCUUCUGGUCGCUGAAUUGGCCAUGGGUAUCCCUUGGGGAAUGUUUCAAACACUCUCUACCGCCUACGCAGCUGAGAUCUGUCCGAUACAAUUACGAGGUUACCUAUCCGCUUUCGCAUCUGUCGGAUUUGGUGGUGGAAGUUUCAUUGCUUCGGGUGUUCUUCGAGCCUGUCUCCAAAUUUCUGGUGAAUACGGUUGGCGACUGCCCUACGCUUUACAAUGGGUCUGGCCAGUACCUCUGGCUCUAGGGUGUUAUUUUGCUCCAGAGAGUCCUUGGUGGUUAGUGAGAAAGGGUCGUUUCGAGGAUGCUGAGAAAGUACUCAAACGAUGCGCCAGACCUGGAUUUUACGCCGACAAAGAAGCUGAGGGAUAUGUGGCGUUCAUGCAACAUACUGACUCUCUCGAGAAGUUGGAUGCGAAAGGUGGAAGCUGGGGAGAGAUGUUCAAGGGAGUCAAUCUGAGAAGAACAGAGAUUAUGUUCGGCGUGUGGUUGGUCCAACUUUGGAAUGGAAACAUGAUCACUGGUCUUACCGUUGAAAUGCUGGAAAACGCUGGAAUGUCUACUACUGGCGCGUUUAACAUGAACUUGGUACUGUCCGCUAUGGCGAUUGUCGGUGUCGCUAUCUCAUGGGUCGCUCUCGGAUGGACUGGUCGAAGGCCGAUCUACAUUGCUGGUAUUGCCCUCGAAGCUUGCUGCUUGUUACCUAUCGGUAUUCUCGGCACCAUUCCUCAAACCAAUGCUCGACUUAACGCUAUGGGUGCUUUGAUGAUCAUAAUCAAUUUGCUUUUCCACUUCUCCCUAGGACCAGUCUGUUACUCUAUCGUGGGAGAGCUUCCUGCAUCAAGACUUCGAAGUAGAUCAAUUGUACUCGGUAGAUUCGUAUAUGUAGUCAGUGCCAUCAUUGGCUCGCAACUUAGAGCUAGAAUGGUCACUGCCACAGCGUGGAACUGGGGUGCCAAGUCCGCAUACUUUUGGCUAGGAUGUAAUCUCGUCUGUCUCACCUGGACAUUCUUCCGUCUACCUGAAACUGGUGGAUUCUCAUUCGCCGAGUUGGAUAUCCUCUUCGCCAACAAGGUGCCAACUCGACAAUUCACCAAAGUCAAAAUCACUCACGAAGCUGUCGAGAUCGGUACGGAGAAGCAAGCUUUCGAUCAUGAUGAGAAAGCCGAAAUUGAACAUGUUGAAGGUGGUGCUCAGGGUGAGACUGUGCUAGAUGAGGAGGAGAGAGCGGUGGUCCAGCAUGAGCCGGUUCCGGGACACGUACCCACCCUUGCGUAA